AUGGACUGCAUCGUGAUUAGUUACGGUGUCAUCAGCAGGCCCACAUUUGAGUCGGUCACUAUGAUCCACGAUAGAACAGUGAGAAGUUUGGAAGAUAUCCAAAAGAAUCCAUUGCUUGUUCUCGUAGGAAACAAGGCUGAUCUCGAGGAGGAAAGACAAGUUUCUCGUGAGGAAGCCGAGUCCUUGGCAAGGAAUCUUGGCUUUGAUCUUUUCUACGAGUGCUCGGCCAAGACCGGUUUGCAUUUGGAUGACUGCUUUAAGUCGAUCGUCGAGAGACUGGAUGAAAAGAAAAGAAACAUCCAAGAUAAGACUCUGGAAACGGUUCUAGAAGAUCCAUAUCAUGAACAACAGCAUUCACAACAGGAAAGCAACCAGAAACACGAAGAAGAAGAAGAAGAAGAAGCAGGAGAAGAAGAAGAAGAUGAAGAAGAAGAGGGUUUCAAGGAUCCAGAGGAUACUCCUGAUUAUAAGCACGAGGUAGAACCUGCUAUUGCCGCAGAAGGAUUUACUUCCACACACACAGAAAGUCAAUCAAGAAGAGUCUCUAACAAUAAGCAGAAGCCAAUAGAAUCCCCAGACUCCAAGUGCUGUACGAUAGUGUGA